ACUGUGCGCCGCAACGGUGUGUGCCACGGAUUUUUAUCAUCGUAAGGAAUUGGAACUUUCAUCCGCAUUUCUCGUGCAUUGUUUGGUGUCCGUGUCCGCGUCCGCGCUCCAAGUUCUGGCCAUGCAGUUUAUUAAUGUUCCAGUUAAUUAAUUAUAAAUUUCAAUUCAAUUAACACACCGUGUGGAAGGUCAGCUAGCGAAACUGCAAUACAAUGCACUCAAAUUUGCUGAUAUUUAUUUGGCGCCGCAAACUUUCAUUUCUGCUGCUGGCCUCUGGCCUCGUUUUGCUUGGUCUCUGGACAUGGGCCAUACUCAUCGAUACAACAAAAACAACGCUCACACAGUCACAGCCACAGCAACAACAACAACAACAGCAGUUGGCGCCAUCGAGUGAGUCGAGUUAUCAGCACGUUCACAUCAUACAGAAAUUGAUUGCCCAAGCGAAUCGUGUUUUACGAGCCGAGCGGCAAAAGGAUAACGCCGAUCGAUCGCCGCCUUCACCGGCGCAGCAACGUUUGUUGGGCAACGUUCGGUUUGUGCGUCCGACGCAGGCGAAGAAGGCACCGCUGCCGCUGGCCGAGAGUUUUCUCUUCGAGCAGGAGCGUUUGAAAAUCCUCGAGCAACAGCAGCGACAACGCAACGCUGGCAUGGAGGAGUUGAACGCCAAUGCCGAGGAUGAUCGCAUGCUCAGCUCUGCGGAGCGACAGACGCAAUACGAACACGAGCUGCAACGCAUGGGCGUGCCCACUGUGUCCGGGAUUGGUCCAGAUGGGCCUCGGGCUCCGAGUGAGCGAUUGGUGCAUCUGGAUCUGAAGGGUGCGCCACCCAAGCUCAGUUUUCUGAAGCAGCUGCUGCCGGUGAUGCGUGCUCUCGGCGCCACGGGGCUGCUAAUUGAGUACGAGGACAUGUUUCCAUACAGCGGUGCUCUGCAGCCACUUGCGGCACACAAUGCAUACAAGGAGAGCGAACUGAAGGAUUUCCUGGAGACUGCUUGGGUUGAACACGGACUCAGCAUUAUGCCGCUGGUACAGACCUUCGGCCACUUGGAGUACACACUGAAGCUGCAGGAAUUCGAGCAUCUGCGCGAGCUGCCCGAGAGUCCGCAAUCCAUUUGCCCCAGUCGACCGCAAAGCAUGGCGCUGCUGGAGCAAAUGCUUACCCAGGUGAUUGAGCUGCACAUGCGCCCCUCGGCCAAUGCGUCGCCCGCGACACCCGAGCUGCCCAUCAAGUUCACACAUCUGCACAUUGGAUGCGAUGAAGUGCAGCGCAUGGGCGAAUGUUCGCUUUGUCGCCAGCGACUGCGCAGCGAAAUCUUUCUCACCCAUGUGAUUAGUUUGGCGCAUUUUGUGCGUCGUCGCUGGCCACAAUUGAACGUGGUGAUCUGGGACGAUCAGUUGCGCGAGAUGACGCUGAGUGAGUUGCAGAAUUCACAGAUCGGCAGCUAUGUGGAACCCAUGGUCUGGGUGUAUGCCAACGACAUCUAUCACUUUAUACAGCCCCAACUGUGGGACACCUAUGCCAAGGUGUUUCCCAGUGCCUGGACUGCCUCCGCCUUCAAGGGCGCCUUUGGGGAGAGCCUGUUGGUGCCGCCGCUGCAACAGCAUCUGGAGAACAACAUUCGCUGGCUGGCGGUGAUCGCGAAGGAGGGCGGACGCUUUUCCAAGGGAUUGCGUGGCUUGGCGCUGACGGGUUGGCAGCGUUACGAUCACUUUGCUGUUCUCUGCGAACUACUGCCCGUGGGCAUGCCCAGUCUGAUGACAUCACUGUCCACCGUAUCCAAGGGUUACUUUAGCACCAAUCCACGUGACAACGAACUGUUGCGUGUGCUGCGCUGCGUCUUCCAGCCGGACAGUCGACGCUCUGGCCACCCAUGGCUGGAACUGCAUCCGAAUGCCCAUCACAGUCAGCUGUUUGCCGUCUGCAGUUAUCCAGGACAUCUGGUCUACAAGUAUGCCAUGCGUCUCUACGAUAAAUUGAACGAAGUGAACGUCUAUUUGCAGCAGGCGCGGGAACACAGCGCCUGGUUAUCGGACUACAAUGUGAGGCACAACUUCAGUUCACCACUGCGUGUGCAUGAGUUGACAGUGCGCACGCCGCAGCUGAUCGAGGAGCUGCGUGGGAUGGCGCGGGAGUCGCAGCAGCUGUUGUGGGAAGUGUACGAUGAGCACACGGUGGCUGAGUUUGUGGAGCAGCACAUAUAUCCGAGCAUUAGUGCAUUGCAUCGGCAGUUGGCAAGUGGACAAUUGUUGCUGCAACGACGCACUUGGCCGCAACGACCGUUGCCCAUAUCCUUGGAGCUGCGACAGGACAUGGGACUGAUUACACUGGAGCAGCAACAGCAACAACAGCAGCAGCAUCCGCACUGAAUAAAUUUAUAGUGAUUCUUACACUCACACACACACAUACAUAUUUUGUAGUCAAGGCGUUCGAAACGCCGCUCUAAGCCAAAAAAAAAAAAAAGAAAACAAGCAAAAACAUGAUAAUAACAAUAUUAAUUCGAAUGUUAACAGCGCUGCGGCAUUUCUCGAUAGUAGUAGUGAAAAAACAUCAAAUGUUCCAUUCUUUUCUAGCUAAUCAAUUAAUCGUGCACUCAUGCAUACACAUAAAAUACAUUUAAUAAAGAAAAUUCGCUA